AUGGGAAUGAAAGAAAAUAAUUGUUUACACAUUGCUAGACCAUCGCCUACUGCUGUAGCAAAUCCGCUAGCUCCAUUAGAUUUUACUGAUUUUGCUGAAAUUUUUGAUGAAUUGUUACCUGAACCAACACGAGGACAGAAACGAAAACUAAGACAACGACGAGAGGAUCCACCAACACCAUCACUUCAAAGGCAAUCUCCACCAAUUAUACCAAGAAGAACAGUACCAUCAAGAGAUGCUACUGCUCUACUUCUUAAAGGAUCACUUCAUUCAUCAUCAAUUCUAAAUGAUAAAUAA